GAUUGCGUGGGUCGACUUCGCCAAUGAGUACGCCAAAACUGAAGUAACGGUGAAACUCUGUCAGUCGGCGUUCUAACGUGAGACAAGGUGCGUUCAGUGUUUGCUUUCGCUCGGCCGCAACUUCAGAAAUUCUCAAUUGAAACGGAAGUUAGCACGGUGCAUGCGCAAUGGAGAAAACCGCGGAUACUCAUCCAACUUCCUGUAACUUUUUGGAGUUCAACAAGAUGUCUAAAGUAAAGAAAAUUUUAGAUGAUGCUCGUGAACAAAAUAAUCCAGAAAUCGACCUGGUUGAUAAAGGGAUUACGUCUUUUGAAGAAAUGCCAGCUCUCAUGGUCAUGCAAAACAUAACCAGAUUGACUCUCAGUCAUAACAAAAUUAUUGUGGUAUCUCCAGUUAUUGCAAAUAUGCCUAAUCUUGAAUCUUUGAAUCUUUUUAACAACCAUAUUGAGGAUCUUCCAACUUCAAUAUCAUCCCUUCCAAAAUUAAAGAUCUUGAAUCUUGGAAUGAACAGACUGUGUACUUUGCCUAGAGGGUUUGGUGCUUUUCCACAGUUGGAAGUAUUGGAUCUGACGUACAAUAACCUGAAUGAGAAAAGCUUGCCUGGGAACUUUUUUAUGAUUGAAACUCUUCGAGCUUUAUAUUUGUGUGAUAAUGAUUUUGAAUUUUUGCCACCAGAAGUUGGACAGCUUAAGAACUUACAAAUAUUAGGUCUCCGAGAAAAUGACCUGUUAAGUUUGCCUAAGGAAAUUGGCGAACUUACAAGAUUAAGAGAGUUGCAUAUUCAAGGGAAUCGGCUACAAUUUUUGCCUCCAGAACUUGGUAAUUUGGAUCUACUUGGUCAUCAUUGUGUUGUAAGAAUGGAUAAUAAUCCAUGGGUUCCUCCAAUAGCAGAUCAGUUGCAACUUGGAGUCACGCAUGUUAUUGAAUACAUUCGUUCAGAUACGUAUAAAUAUUUAUUCAACCGUCAGAAGCCUGCAUUAUCUCCUCCUCCAAAACGAAAUGAUAAAACUAAGAAAAUAAGUCGCAAGAGAGAUCACAAUUGAUUAUUUUGUGGAGAUAUGUUUGAAUAUUUAAAUGUUUUUAGAAGUUGUGUUUAUCAUAUGACUUUCAUGACCCUGUAUAUAAUUUUGUUUCUUAUCUUGUCCUUGCAAAAUGUUAACAUUUCUUGCCAUUUUUUGUGUAAUAAUGUAAUUUUUAAUUUUCAUAUUUAGUUUUAAAGCCUUUCAACAAUAUAUCUUUAACUUGCAAAAUAAGUGUUUUCCUGUUGAUAUGUCAUUCAUUUUAUUUGUCUAUGGGAAUGAUGCAAUUUUUCCCUUAGGUAUACAUAAUUGUUUUGGCAUUUCCAACAGUUUUCAUCAUAAAAUUUUAUAUAACUUUGGAAAACUUAAUCUGAAAUCGACGAUUUUAAAAUUUUUACUGGUUGUAUAUUGCUAGUUUUUUUUUUAAAAAACUUUGUAAUAAAUUUAUCUUAAGAGGUAUGAUUCAAUAAUAAAAUACUUUAUGUUUGAAAUAUUUUAAUAUUAAAAUAUUUUAUUUCUUCAACAGCUGUUGCUAUUAUUUUAGACAUGUGUUCAAAGAAAUAUUCCGCGUUUUUAUGUGAAAGAAUUUGUAUGAUCGAUUCUAUUUUUGUUUUGCACAAAGUGUUUUUCGAAUAUUCAGCAGUUCUUUAUAUGAUAUAGAUAAAUGUCUGAAAAUAAUAUAAAAUUUAACACUUUAUUUGUUUAUAGUUUUACAAACCUAUAU